AGUCAAGCGCUCACCUCCCUUCCCCCCCCUUUCCCCUCAAUAGCUGCCAUUCGUUCUUUCCAUGGCUGCUUAUCGUAACCAGGAGAAGCUGUCGCAAAGCGACUCUGAUCCGCAGCUUUCUGUUGGCCACGACGCCUAUGCUCUUGAUGAGCGUCGCAGGGCUGCAUUGGCUGAGGUCGAUAAUGCUAAAUUCUCGUGGUUCCAUGUCAAAGUCGCCAUGGUCGCCGGUGUCGGUUUCUUCACCGAUGCGUACGAUAUCUUUGCUAUCAAUAUCGCCUCGACAAUGUUGGGCUAUGUAUACGGUCACAAAUUCAACCUCAAUACCAACCAAAAUCUCGGUGUCAAGGUCGCUACCCCCGUCGGUAACGUAUUCGGUCAACUGAUUUUCGGCUGGAUGGCAGACGUCCUAGGUCGUAAACGGAUGUACGGUGUCGAGUUGAUGAUCAUCAUUGUCGCGACUUUCGGCCAGGCCAUAUCCGGUGACGGACAUGCAGUGAGCAUCAUCGGCGUGAUUGUCGUUUGGCGAUUCCUUAUGGGCGUUGGGAUCGGUGGAGACUACCCGCUCAGUGCGGUGAUCUCAUCCGAGUUCUCCUCCACGCGCACUCGGGGUCGGCUCAUGACCGCCGUAUUCGCCGCCCAAGGAUGGGGUCAAUUCUCUGCCGCCCUGGUUGCGCUCAUCAUCGUCGCCGCUUACAAGACAUCCCUUCUCAACGAUCCCUAUCCCGUCCUCAACCACGUCGACUACAUGUGGCGACUCCUCAUCGGCCUGGGCUGUGUUCCCGCUGUCGUUGCCCUCUACUUCCGUCUUACCAUCCCAGAGACACCUCGUUUCACCAUGGAUAUCGAGCGCAACGUCAUCCAGGCUGCGCAGGAUGUGGAGAACGUCUUGUCGACCGGCAAGUUCUACCAUGAUCCCGACGCGGUCGUGCAGAAGGCGCAGACCCCCAAGGCCAGCCGACGCGACUUCGUCGCGUAUUUCUCCAAGUGGGAGAACGGUAAGGUCUUGCUUGGCACUUCUUACUCCUGGUUUGCCCUCGACAUCGCUUUCUACGGAUUGGGCCUCAACUCCUCCAUCGUGCUGCAGGCUAUCGGCUACGCGAGCCCUUCGCCCAAGUCAGCCCUCGACGCCUACAACGCCCUGAAGAACAUCUGCGUUGGCAAUCUCAUCCUUUCCGUUGCUGGUUUGAUCCCCGGCUACUGGGUUUCUUUCCUGUUCAUCGACUCUUGGGGCCGCAAGCCCAUCCAACUCAUGGGCUUCGUCAUGCUGACCAUUAUCUUCGUCAUCAUGGGCUUCGCAUACGACAAGCUGACUGCCACCAGCUCUGCUCGCGGUGCCUUCGUCUUCCUGUACUGCCUUGCCAACUUCUUCCAGAACUUCGGUCCCAAUACCACGACCUUUAUAGUCCCGGGUGAGGCCUUCCCCACACGCUACCGCUCCACUGCGCACGGUAUCUCCGCCGCGAGCGGCAAGAUCGGCGCCAUCAUCGCGCAGGUCGGCUUCGCGCAGCUCGUCAACAUUGGCGGGACGAACCGCUUCGUGCAACAUAUCCUGGAGAUCUUCGCAUUCUUCAUGUUGACCGGUAUCUUCUCCACGCUCCUGCUUCCUGAGACUAAGGGCCGCUCCCUCGAGGAUCUAUCGAACGAGGAUCAGAACGGCUUCGUCCGCGGUGUUGCUGGGACGCCUAGUUUAAAGCAGCCGGCGGUGACGGUCGAGUCGCGUUGAGGUGUCUGCUAUGUUUUCGCUAUUUACUUGGGACGUUCUGGUGUCGUGGCGUUGGUUGGGCUUGUAGGAGUGCUUUAUUUAAAGCAGAGGUGUCGAUAUCAAAAGUGUCAUAGUUCCUAGAAGCGUAUUUAUAGGAGCCCUCUGUAUUGUUACGACCGACGAGGAUGUAUUCCUGGUUACUGGAUAUAUAGUUAUAGAGGAUGAUGCGCGGCAUCCGUAAUACAUGUCUGUUAGGUCUGUUAUGGAUUACUCACGUUCAGUAAACACUGAAUAGAUCGAAGGGACAGUAUGAAGGCCG